AUUAUUAUUUUUUCAGUCAGUGCAAGCUUCGUCGCAACAUCAGUCGUACAGUAAAGUGAAAAUUAUAAUUUUGUCUGGUGACUUCAUCGAGGUACAAAUAAGAACCGUGUCUUCAUCCGAUCUGCUGCCACAGAGCAUAUUCACGCAAAGGGCAUAAUGAAUGACACUGAAGUAAUCGUACGCUACCUCUACCUGGGGACCGAUCAGCCGUUCUACAUUCGCAAAAACAAGCCAUUCGACGUCAACGAAGGUUGUCGUAUUUUGGCCCCCAUCCGUGCACUGGCGGAAGCGGCUGAAAAUGUAGACGAUCCGACCGCACGCAAGGCAGCCGAGGCAGUGACUCUGAAGGAACCACUACUGGACACGAUCGUAAAGGUUAUAAAAAGUGGAUCCCUGGUACGCCUUGAUGAGUGUCUCUUUGCGCUGGCCUUUAUGGUUCGAACCUUCAAAAAGGCCGAAGAAAAGCAUAAGCUGUACGAGGUUGUGCCAACACUGAUUGAACAUUCAAAGGAUUUGUUUCAGUUUGUGUAUUUUUACCAAACUCUAGCACCAAAGUUGGGCGGCAAAGGUUUCGGACAUGGCAUGAAAGUCGCUCUUACUAAAUGGUAUGCCAAACAUUCUGCUGAAGAGCUGGCAACGCGUCUAGCAAAGGAUCGAGUUCAGCAUGAGUGGUGUCACAAGGAUAUUAUCAGAUUGGCUCACAUCAAGCUAACCGAUGAAGAUAAAAUGCAAGUGUUGGAUGCAGUAUGUGGUGGAAAAGGCGUGAGCAGAGUGGCCCAAAAUAAGAAAGCAGAAAAAAAUAACCAGGAAGGGAAGGGAUGCUUGGAUGCAGUGCCACACGUUGAAAGCGAAGCACUCAAAGUCUUCAAGCGUAUAAAGGGAUUUAAAAGAAGCAAUACCGUUACGCAGGUUUGCAGUGGCAUUAAAGAUCACAAGUAUUCACUUGAGCUGGUACCAGCGCAGUUACUCUGGGCACCGAUAGUAUGGGAAACAUUGUUCCCUCACAUGACCUAUCGGGAACUAGUCCAGUCCGUGCUGGUCCUGCAGGAUUACAGAUUGUUGGAGGAAACUGACAAUCCAUUUUCCGAAGCAUACGGCAAAGUGCUAAAUAGAGUAACAUCGGUAACCGCAUCCAAAAUUAACCCCAUCUUCAUAUAUCAAGUGAUGCGCCUAUUCGAGGAACGCCAGCGGUAUCUGGAAGCAGUUAAGGAAUCCGUGCAUACCACUAACAAUUUGGGGUUAAAAAAGAUCAAAGCAAAUCCGACGGUGCUGAAACAGCUGUAUGCCGGUCUGAAUCAAUCGAUGCUCAACUACCAACGAACAGGGUUGCGCAUCCUGGUGACCCUGGAUCUAAGAUCGAAACAAUCGAAGAAACGUGUUUUCGGCAAUCGACUCAUGUCCUGUCAGGCGGCUUUUAUUUUGCUAACCCUGCCGAUGUUUAAGCGCGAGCCGCACAUGAAGGUUUUUUCGUACACCGACGAUCGUGAGCAACUUGUUAACGUAGAUCUCACCCGGGAGAUGGAUUUCUUCAAAGGGUGCGACCAUAUUCAGAACCAAGCACACCAAAAGACCGAGGUCUGUCUGCGACGGCCAAUCAUUUACGCAUACGAGAACAAGAUGCCGGUGGAUGCGUUCAUAACUAUUGUCGACUCACUGAUCCGUGUGAACCCGUUACGUACAUCGCCCCUGGACGCUCUCAAUAAGUACAACAAAGACAUAAAGCAAAGGGCUCGAUACGUUGUGGUCAGUUUGAGCCGCCAUCAGCAAGACAUGAAACAUAACAAUAUGGGCUUCACCAAGGGAGUGCUGGAAUUGGUUGGAUGCUCCGAAGAAACACCGAAGAUCAUUGAUGCCUACCUAAAGCACCAUUUUACGUAGGCUGCAUCAUGCUCCAAGUGAAGCAAUGACCAGAAUCAGUGGCGUGAGUAUUUACAAACACAUAUUUUGGGGUUUUGAAAUCUAUUUUACAGUAUCGGUGCGGGCGUUGGGGUUUUCACUAUCAAAGUAGAAAUGUUCAAUACUUCACACGUUAUGUGGAAAUGUAAUCGGAUGCAUUAGAGCUCAUGUUUGAAUAUGUUUUUAAUCCCAGUGCAUCAUAAAAUAAGUAGAGUACUAGUUUGGAAUGCUUAAAUGUUUGGACAGCGUUUAUUGAGUGCAACAUUUCCGGAUAUUUUAUAAUUUGUUGGAAUAAUUAAUUGACCUAAUGCAAUUACUUGUCUAGUAAUUGAUAAAAAAAUUGGAUUGAUUUUCAUUCAAAAUACUCGAAUUUCCGGAAAUGUUCCACUUCAACGUUGCUUACUAAAAACGCAAUAAAACGAAUAAAUACUACUGAAGGAGA